CCGUCAGGCCGGCGCAUGGCGGGGGGCAUGGCGGCGUUGCGGCGGUGGGGUGGCCGCCGGCUCGGCAGCGUUGCCUUUAGGCAGCAGAAAUGGCAAAGCACUGUCUCUGUACAAGCAAAAAUGCCUCCUUGCAACUUUGUACCUGAAAAAUAUCAAUCCUAUCCAUAUGAACGUAUGUUGAAGAUUCGUGAACAAAAUGUUUCUCCUUCACUGCGAACAUUUUACAAGAAGCCUUUGCUGCUGCAUCAAGGAUAUAUGCAGUGGUUGUUUGAUUAUGAAGGACGAAGAUACCUUGAUCUCUUUGCUGGAAUCGUUACUGUCAGUGUUGGUCACUGUCAUCCGAAGGUAACUAUGGCUACCCAGAAACAGCUUGCUCGCCUUUGGCAUACCACUAAUAUUUACAUGCACCCAUCAAUACAGGAAUAUGCUGAGAAGCUAACUUCACUUCUUCCAGAUCCACUUAAGGUGGUUUAUCUAACCAACAGUGGGUCAGAAGCCAAUGACUUGGCAAUGUUCAUGGCAAGGCUAUAUACUCGUAACUUCGACAUCAUCUCUUUCAGAGGAGCAUACCAUGGAGGCAGCCCUUACACACUGGGAUUGACAUCUCUCGGUCCUUAUAAGCAUGGCGUUGCCAAUGGCUUUGGCUGUUCAACAACAAUGUUACCAGAUGUUUUUCGUGGUCCAUGGGGAGGCAGCAGUUGUAGAGAUUCUCCAGUACAAACUGUUCGAAAAUGCAGCUGUUCUGAAGGUGUAUGUCAUGCAAAUGACCAGUACAUUGAACAGUUCAAAGAUACUCUGAACACUUGUGUGCCAAAGACAAUAGCUGGAUUUAUCAGUGAACCGAUUCAGGGUGUUAAUGGAGCUGUUCAAUAUCCGAAAGGUUUCUUAAAGGAAGCAUACCGACUAGUACGGGAAAGAGGAGGUGUUUGUAUCUCAGAUGAAGUACAGACAGGAUUUGGACGAACAGGCAGCCAUUUCUGGGGAUUUCAAACGCAUGAUGUAGUCCCUGACAUUGUUACUUUGGCAAAAGGAAUUGGUAAUGGCUUUCCCAUGGCAGCUGUUGUUACAACAAAAGAGAUUGCAAGUUCUUUGGCUCAAAACCUUCAUUUUAAUACAUUUGGAGGAAACCCGUUAGCUUGCGUAGUUGGAGCUGCAGUUCUUGAUGCUAUUGAAGAAGAUCAUUUACAAAAAAACAGCGAGGACGUGGGAACGUAUAUGCUACUGGAGCUUGCUAAACUACGGGAUAAAUUUGAGAUUGUUGGAGAUGUCCGUGGCAAGGGACUUAUGAUUGGGAUAGAAAUGGUGACAGAUAAGGAUAGUCGCCACCCUCUUCCAGCUGAAGAAAUCAGCGAGAUCUGGGAAGACUGUAAAGAUAUGGGUGUUCUGAUUGGAAGAGGGGGACUCUACAGUCAGACAUUUAGAAUUAAACCUCCUAUGUGCAUCACUAAAAAGGAUGCUGACUUCGCUGUUGAAGUAAUUCAUACUGCAUUAAGGAGACACAUGGGAAGAGCAGCUGCAAAGUAGACUCGACUUGUUUAUAUACAUGAGAUGCAAUUGAAUGAACCCCCGAUAGUUGCCAUCCAGACUCUGCACUAAUCUACGCUAAUCUACAUGGGACAAGAAGAAUCAUAGUUUGAAGAUAAAAUGUGUCAGCAUCAUAAGACUACUCUAACAGAGCCAGACUUCAAAUAAUACCUCUAAUCUAUUUUGUAAAAAUACUGUUCAGUCCUACAGUUGUCUUUAACAAUGCAACAGGUGACAUUAGGACAUAGUGGUUUAAUUCUGCUGCUCUUUGUUCCUUACUCUCUUCUGCUGCUGCUGCUUCUAUCUCAGUUGUUUCCUAUGCACCAGCAUAGGUCCUCCAACAGGCUACCAUCACUCUGGGGGUGUUACAGGUACCACCAUGGAGUGCCUCUUGCUGCUAUGGCCUUGUUCCUGUGUCUUACAGCAUUUGCUGUUUUCACAGAUGCAACACAAACUCCUGCUUAACUGAGCUUUGACAUGUGGUGGGACUGCUGCAGAGCCAGCUGUGACGAGUGCAGGGUAGUCCCUGACCACCUUCCACUAUGGUCACCCCCACAGCCACCACAACCUUCCCUCUUACACCCAAUACUCAUGAGCAUUUGUAAAGACAGACAGUGAUGAAGUAUUUGACUUUAUUUAAAUAAGAAAAAUAAUUAACUCAAAGGUAACGUUGCAGGGUUUAAUUCUUACCCUCAGUGCCACGAUGGGAGAUUUCACACAUUUAUUUGGGCUACGAACCACUCUGAGGAGAACAUAAGUGCAGGUAUGAAACAGUGCUAAAACUGUUUACCCUUACUACAAGGAAGCACUGUAAUUUGUGCACUUUAAAAGCAAAAAAAAAAAAAAAAAAAAAAUCUGUGCACGCUAAUUGUAAAGGUUCUAAUUACACUAAUUAUUUUUUAUAUGGGGCUCUAAUCCAGUCAUCAUCCUCUCCAAAAAUGCUUUUAUUUUCCUCCUGCUGCUUUUAGGAUUGCACAGCACACCAAUUAGUCAUUUAGCAAGAUGCAAAAUCUGGCUGGGGAAAUAAGGUGCAGCAUUUCUUAAAUAACCGCUUUUGGGGAAAAAAAAAGUUCAUUACCUCCCUCACUCUCAA